UUUUGUGCAUCCCUGGUGCACAGCUGUCAUCAUCGCCGCCCUUGUAAAAAAAACAACACGUUAAAGACGUGGUUUAACGAUAUUACAAGAUGGCCUUCAACUUCACCGCCUUUACGUAUAUAGUGGCCCUGAUCGGCGAUGCAUUUUUAAUAUUCUUCGCAAUAUUUCAUGUCAUUGCCUUUGACGAGCUAAAAACGGAUUACAAAAACCCAAUUGAUCAGUGCAAUAGCCUCAAUCCGCUGGUUUUACCGGAGUACUUGCUGCACAUAUUUUUGAAUUUGCUAUUCUUGUUUUGUGGGGAAUGGUUUUCACUUUGUAUUAACAUACCACUGAUUGCCUAUCAUUUUUGGCGCUACAAAAACCGCCCUGUUAUGUCUGGACCAGGGCUUUACGAUCCUACCACAGUCUUAAAAACCGACACUUUAUCCCGGAAUAUGCGUGAGGGCUGGAUCAAACUGGCCGUCUACUUGAUCAGUUUCUUCUACUACAUAUACGGCAUGGUUUAUUCGCUCAUCUCGACAUAGAGGCAUUGGGCAGCUGCCUGGGGAUCUCAUUGUUGGCGCCAGCGCAUCCGCAUCGUGUAUUAGUUGUCAUAACUCAAGUGGAACCCUCCCUUUCUGGGGGAGAUUCCCCAUCAACUGCGAACAAUACUUCACUUGUAAAUUCUAGUGUUAAUCCAUAAAAACAUAUUGCAGCUUUGUUUUUUAUAAUUUGUAAUCUAUUGUCUGCAGUAAGAGAUUGUAACGUAUUUUAUUAUUUUUGCAUUUCGCAUCCUUGGUGUAGUUGGAUUUUAAGCAUUAAAUAAAAGUCAAAUCAAAAGAACUAA